GCCAAGUAGGGGGUUUUCAGAACGGGCUGAAGAAAAACAAGGUUGCUAAGGGACGUGUUGCGCAAAACUCUGACUGACCGUAAGCUCGGUAUCCCUUCGAUUCCCCAGAUUUGCCGACGAACCCCGUGCCCAAUCAACUGUAACCCGUGCCGCUGCAAUCAAUGGCCUCGCUGCUGAAGUUUUCGGCUGGCCUGCGGGCGUACAGCCGCAGCCACCAGCUGCUGUUCCGGCGCACUAAGGUUUCGAAUGCGGCCGAAUUCCGGGCCGCCCUGGUGAACGUCCCACCUACCGAGGUGACCACGCUGGACAGUGGGCUGCGUGUGGCAAGCGAAGAUUCCGGCUCGCAGACGGCAACCGUUGGGCUGUGGAUCGAUGCCGGCUCGCGCUACGAGAACGACAGCAACAACGGGGUUGCCCACUUCCUCGAGCACAUGGCGUUCAAGGGUACGGCCAAGCGGUCCCAGACCGACCUGGAGCUCGAGGUCGAAAACAUGGGCGCCCACCUGAACGCGUACACGUCCCGGGAGCAGACCGUGUUCUACGCCAAGUGCCUGUCGAAGGACGUGCCGAAGGCGGUAGAGAUCCUGUCCGACAUCAUCCAGCACUCGAAGCUGGGUGAGGCGGAGAUCGAGCGCGAGCGGGGCGUGAUCCUGCGCGAGAUGCAGGAGGUCGAGAGCAACCUGCAGGAGGUGGUGUUUGACCAUCUGCACGCGACCGCCUACCAGGGUACGCCGCUUGGCAACACCAUCCUUGGCCCGACCAAGAACAUCCAGUCGAUCGGCAAGUCGGACCUGCAGCAGUACAUCGAUGCGCACUACAAGGCGCCGCGUAUCGUGCUGGCAGCGGCCGGCGGCGUACGGCACGGCGAUCUGGUGCGCCUGGCCGAGCAGGCCCUCGGCAAGGUGAGCUCGAGCGUGGACGGGAAGGCGGCGGCGCUGGCCCCGUGCCGAUUCACCGGCUCGGAGGUGCGCGUGCGGGACGACUCGCUGCCGCUGGCGCACGUCGCGAUCGCGGUCGAGGGCUGCGGCUGGACCGACCAGGACAAUGUGCCGCUGAUGGUGGCGAAUACGCUGAUCGGCGCAUGGGACCGGUCGCAGGGCGGUGGCGCCAACAACGCGUCGAAGCUGGCGAUGGCGUCGGCGACCGACGGGCUGUGCCACAGCUUCCAGUCGUUCAACACGUGCUACAAGGAUACGGGCCUGUGGGGCAUCUACUUCGUGUGCGAUCCGCUCAAGUGCGAGGACAUGCUGUUCAACGUGCAGAACGAAUGGAUGCGCCUCUGCACGAUGGUGACCGAGGGCGAGGUCGAGCGGGCGAAGAACCUGCUCAAGACGAACAUGCUGCUGCAGCUGGACGGCACGACCCCGAUCUGCGAGGACAUCGGGCGCCAGAUGCUGUGCUACAAUCGCCGCAUACCGCUGCACGAGCUGGAGCAAAGAAUUGACAGCGUCACUGCCCAGAAUGUGCGCGAUGUAGCGAUGAAGUACAUCUUUGACCGCUGCCCCGCCGUUGCUGCCGUCGGACCGGUCGAGAACCUGCCCGAUUACGUGCGCAUCCGCUCGUCCAUGUACUGGACCCGCCUGUAAGAUGCGGACGCAUCCACCCCAAUUAGGUGACGAGCAAACGAAGAGGAAAGGAAACGGAUAAACAACCCUUGCCUGCGCGUGGGCAAGGCGAGAACGGAAUGUGAUCUACGAGACCUCUGUGACUACAGAUCACGCAUAGAACGGCGGGACAGAGGAUGAUGGCAUACAUGGCUUAGCCAGUUGCCACACCUGGUUGGAAGCCUCUCGACACUUACCUUCCUUGUUUUGUACAGAUAGCCCGAAAUUGAAAUUAAAAUACGUUAAACAAAUAAAAAAUAAAACAAAAAUCAA